GUUGUGAUUUGUAUUUCGCAGCUCGAAAGACCCUCGAAUACAAAUUUUCAUUCCGAUCGAAUUUUUUUUUUCUACAAAUUUGACACAAGACACACAGCCCCCUUUGAUUUUAUUUCAAAAAUCACAAAAAGUGUUACUGAAUACCACUUUUUUCUAACAUGAUGUUCAUUUUUAACCCACCUUCGUUAUCAAAAUACCAGUUGUAUUAACCAUGUGUUUAGUACAUCGGUUUAAGUUGUAUGUAAAGUGUCAAACUAGGUACUGUGCUAUGGUUACCCGCCAUUUUUUUUUCUGAUCGAAGUACAAUUGGACAGAAAUUUUCGGUAUCAAAAUGUUUGUACGGCAUCACAGUGUCUAAGCCAAUACGCGAAUACCACCGUUCCAGAUUUGAAGGAGGAGUCAUCAUGAUGCUCCGGCAACGUAAGAAUGUUUGCCAAUGAUCUCUCUGACCGUGGACGCUCAGAAGAUUCCAGCAGAGUGUCAAAUCAGUUUUGAGGAAUUCAUAUUUCUUGGAGCUAUCGAUUCCGUCCCAUGGCCUCCAUAUCGGAUUGAAUCGGAAAAUUCGGACCAAGGGGCAAGCAGGAGGUGGUUAUGCCGUCCCCGUUGGAGGUGGUGGGGGCGGGCGAGUCGAUACCGGGAGGCGGCCCGCCAGUAGAACCCCGGUCGCCGGAGAGCUGGCUCCAGUGCCAUGUGAUGGAGGAAAGUAGGACGUCCCCGCGGCUGAUCGGGAUAUCGAGCCCGAAGACGUGGGAUGAAUGGAUCAAGAAGGAGCCUCAGACGUUGGAAGCAGUCGCAGCUCAGGAAGAGAAGGAGGAAGUUGUAACCGUCGAGAAGAUCGAGAUCGAACAGCCAGCUGCCGAAGUCCAACAUCAGAGUCUCAAUACGAUCCUUGAAGAAGACGAAGAUGUCAAACCCAGUAGUAAUAAGACCUCGUCGGUCAAAAUCAAGCUGGGGGAAGAAGAUUCGCCCAAAGUCAAAAUUAAGACUACAAGAUUCCAGGUGAUACCCACAGUAGACGUGUGGGAACCAAAAUCGACGACGGAAAGUAGUGAAGAGGUGGUCGUUGGCGAUCCGAUGACAAUGAUCGAGUCUCGCUUAAACGAACUGACCAUGGUCGAGUCACAGCUAAAGAAGCUAAAAGGUGGUUCUGAGGUGUUGAAGAUGCGACCGCUUAAAUUGGAUCUGGACGAAACGAAACCCGGGUCAAAGAGUAAGCUAGGCUGGCUGUCAAUAUUCAAGAAGAAGGCGGUAACUCCACCUCCGCAACCCACCCAACCCCAACAGCAACAACAACCGAGGAAGCCUGUCAACAGAGCGAGCUCCGGCCGCGGGGCCUCCAGGGCGGCGACUACCGUACCCAAGAGGCACCACACCUUCGCUGCGCAGCCACCGAGGAUAAUCGUCCAGGGGAGCGAGAACUCCGGGGCAGGUCCGGAGCGGCGGUCCGCCUCCAGCCGCGGCGGACGGGCCUCGGACGAACCCCACAUCGGCAAGUACAAGCUCCUGAAGACCAUCGGAAAAGGAAACUUUGCGAAAGUAAAGUUAGCGAAGCAUGUACCUACAGGAAAGGAGGUGGCCAUUAAGAUAAUAGAUAAAACACAAUUAAAUCCAGGAAGUUUACAAAAGCUCUUUAGGGAAGUUAGAAUUAUGAAGAUGUUAGACCAUCCGAAUAUAGUAAAACUAUUUCAAGUAAUAGAGACUGAAAAGACACUUUACCUCGUUAUGGAGUAUGCUAGUGGAGGUGAAGUAUUUGAUUACCUUGUACUUCACGGCAGAAUGAAGGAGAAAGAAGCCAGGGCUAAAUUUCGACAAAUUGUAUCAGCUGUUCAAUAUUGUCACCAAAAGAAAAUAAUUCAUAGAGACUUAAAGGCUGAAAAUCUUCUCUUAGAUAGCGAGAUGAACAUUAAGAUAGCAGACUUUGGUUUUAGUAAUGAGUUUACUCCUGGAAACAAAUUGGACACCUUUUGCGGAAGCCCACCUUAUGCUGCUCCCGAACUUUUCCAAGGAAAGAAAUAUGAUGGCCCAGAGGUUGAUGUUUGGUCAUUGGGUGUCAUCCUUUAUACUUUAGUGUCUGGCUCGCUCCCGUUCGACGGGUCAACACUACGUGAACUCCGAGAACGUGUAUUACGAGGGAAGUACCGAAUUCCAUUCUACAUGUCUACAGACUGUGAAAAUCUGUUAAAGAAGUUCCUUGUUCUCAAUCCAGCUAAACGAGCAUCAUUAGAGGCAAUAAUGAAGGAUAAGUGGAUGAACAUGGGCUAUGAAGAUGAGGAGUUGAAACCAUACCUGGAACCCGAACCUGAUUAUAAGGACCUCAAAAGGAUAGAGGCUCUCGUGGGAAUGGGCUACACCAGAAGUGAAAUAGAAGAUAGCUUAACACAAGCGAAGUAUGAUGACGUUUUUGCUACUUAUCUACUUUUAGGAAGGAAAUCAACUGAUCCGGAGAGUGAUGGUUCAAGGUCAGGAUCAUCACUUUCCCUCCGAGGGAACACUGGCGUGGCACCUGGAAGCGGGGCAGGCGGCGCCUCCUCGCCAGCACGGUCUGUCCAUCGUUCAGUUUCUGCAACAGCUGCUAAGCCUUCGCGCAGAGCCUCAUCUGGUGCAGCCGACACUCUCCGAGGAGUACCUAACACCACAAAUUCAACAGUUAACCACAAUCAUACAGGUGCUGGCGGUGGUAAUAGUCAAGGUAGCAACUUUAAACGUCAGAACACAGUCGAUACUGCUACAAUAAAAGAGAACACAGCACGUUUGAAUUCGCGAGGGCCCGCGAAGAACACCAACAGUGCUCUUCCCGUUCUUGAACCUUCAAAUGCAGCCAGUCCAGGAAAACCAAGGGGAGUAACUAAGUCCAACACAAUGAGUGGAGGUAACAGAUCGCUCGCACCGACUACUGGUGUUGGUGGUUCGGUUGCUAGAAGAUCAACAAUAAGCUAUGAUGCAAAGGCAUCAUCAAAUGAAAAGACAAAUACAGCUGGUGAACUUCCAAGUGGUGCAUGCCGUACUGGUAGUGUUGUGCCUAGUGCUGCUGUUGGUGCUGGUACAAACCGGACUCAGAGCAGUCAACCCGCUCAGCCUUUCCCAAGGAACGUACCAUCGAGAUCGACCUUCCAUUCUGGUCAGAACCGGCAACGACCUUACACAGGAGGCGCUCCCUCUCCUACAGACUCUUCUCGGACCAGCUUCUUCUCAAAGUUGUCUUCGAGGUUCUCAAAACGACCUAUGGACCCGGUACCAAAACAUGUUGUUAGUAGUGCAGUGAAUGAUGACCAGGUAAAACCAAGAUCUCUUCGGUUUACAUGGAGUAUGAAAACAACUUCAUCACGUGAUCCAGUUGAAAUCAUGUCAGAAAUAAGAAAGGUGUUAGAUGCAAACAAUUGUGAUUAUGAGCAAAGAGAAAGGUUUCUACUACUUUGUGUACACGGGGAUCCUAACACUGAUUCACUUGUCCAGUGGGAGAUAGAGGUUUGCAAGUUGCCUAGGCUCUCUCUCAACGGUGUCCGGUUUAAACGAAUUUCAGGAACCUCGAUAGGAUUCAAGAACAUCGCAUCGAAGAUAGCCAAUGAGCUGAAGCUAUGACUCUCAGCCUUCCCCCCGUCCUUACACUCCGUCAUAUAGCCCUCCUUGGCGGCUGCUGCACUUUGGCCAUCGCUAGGAGAUAUCAGCCUCGGUACACUAUACAUUUAUCGGCAUAUAUGUAUACUGUGACGACGGAACUAAACGACACGAAACGAUUGGUGAAUCUCUCUACGCACCAUGUAAAUAUGAUUAGUGGUUUGUAUGAAACAAAAAACUACCAAGAGAGAGAUUGGGAAAUUAAAAAAAGUGUAUGUUAAGUGCACUUUUUAGAAGAGUAAUGAUUACUUUUCGGUAACUGUAUUUAUAUAAGGAGAAUAAGCAGUUAUAUAUAUGAAAUUUGGUUCAGAAACAAAGAACAGUUUAAUGAUGGAGUGAAGAUAGUUACACACUUAUUCAUAUAUAUAUAUAUAUACACCUACAUACACACGCACACACACACACAUGCACGUAUAUAUAUCUGCAUAUAUGUAUUUGUAUAUAUUAUGUGUGUAUGAGUGUGUGUGUUCAUAUAAAUGUAUAUACGCUUAGGUAAUACAGUAUUUGUAAACUUGUGCUAUUCUCCUUGUGGAUAAACGGGUCCAAAAUUAGGACUGCGGAAUGUUCCCCUAUCCCCCCUAAACAAAAAGAAUGUUCUGGUAAACAAAUUUUGAAUUGCAAUUACUUUUUAGUUACAAUCGUACUUAAUAAGCCAGGGCAGGAAUUAUAUGAUUGUGAGAACGAUAAAAGUGUGUGAGGGGGGGUUCUGUAUUAUAGUGAUUUAUUUUUACUGUUAAAAUAAAUUAUAUCAUACUAUAUCAACUCACCUCAACUGUGUAAUAUUAGUUAUUGUUUUUAUUAUGAUGCUAUUGCUAAUUAUACUGUAACCCUUGUUUAAUAUGUAAAUUUGCACAUAUUUAAGUAUAUCUUUUAAAAACAACAAAAAAAUGAGAGAAUGAAUAGCACGUAUUUUGUCUAUAAAAGUGAAUUUGUAUGUUUUUGUUUUUGAAAAAGUGUGGAUCCAAUGCUCUCAGGGUCGGGUAAAAGCAAUCUUCCGCAUACUAUAUUCUACACGAGCUUUUUUUUUCUUAAUUUUUUUUUAAAAGAAGAAACAAAGAUUUAAAAACUAUGAAUUAAAGUUUAUUCAACUUUUUUAUUUUGUAUUUUCAAUUUUAAAGAAAGCUUUAAAAAAAUUGUUAUCGAAUAAGUCAAAUUAAUUUUACUGUUUCCCUAGUACCCUUUGUGUUCACUUUCAACAAAAGCAAAGUGAGUCUAGAUGUAAUGUAUAUAAAUUAUACUAUUCACAUUAAAUCUAAUUUUAUAUUUCUUCAUCAGCCUAUUAGGAAAUAUAUUGUUUUUCUCAUGAACUGUUUAUACAAAUAUAGUGAAAUAUUUGAUUAAAAAAUUAGAUUAAAAAAUUAAAAAAAAAAUAAAAAUGAACAAACAACAGUGAAUGCUUGAGGUUGGUUUCAUGUAAUGGGACAAAAUUGUUUCAGUUAUUGCAUUCAAUCUGGUUUACUUAUAUUUUCUCUGUUACAUUUGUGUAUAGCUAAACAAUUUAGACAAUAAAGUGUUGGGUAUAUAUAUAUCAAAAUAAAAAUGCCUAUUUAAAACUUUAGUCAUUUCGCGUUUUAAAAAAAUGUUACAUCUGAUUUUAUUUUAUAAUUUUUUAUUUAUAAUUCUGAAAAAUCUAUAUUUGGAGAAGCUUUUAUAGAUCAGAAAAGAAUUGAUAAAUGUUUGGUGCCAAAUACGUGUAUUUAGUUGCCCCACACAAAAACUUGUGAUUUUAGCUGAUCACCUGUUGUUUAUUAUAAUUUCUGUUCUUCAUUAUUCAUUUCUGUCAAAUGUAGAAAAAAAAUGUGAAUAUUUAAGUAAUUAAGGUUUGGGAAACAAGCAGUAUUUGUUAAUUAACUAAUUUGUUAUAUAAAUAAAAAUAAAUAAAUAAAAAAAACUAUAAUAAAAUGGAGAAAAAUGAUCAUUUGUCACACACUUGUUGUCUCUUAACUAAAAUAUACAGUUUAUUAG